GUGGCUUGUUCUUUGAGCAUACUUUCUUUGCUCUAGAUACAAAGCAUACCGGGGAGGUCGUGCAUGCUAAUAUUAAGACUUAUGCGAAGCGUUUGGGUAUAGUCUUUGAUGACUCACAAAUUCGGAGUGGCCGAAAGGAACUCUGCUUCUACUUUUCCGACCAGAAAUCGGCAUUGCAAUUGGGGUAUAAAAACGACCCGAACCCCGACUAAAGCAAACACAAUUUGCAAACCGGCACACUCGAAUUAACGAAAGAGAAGGGCAACUGCAAAAGAUGCAGAUCUUCGUGAAAACGCUGACCGGAAAGACGAUUACUCUGGAGGUGGAGAGCAGCGACACCGUGGACAACGUCAAGUCCAAGAUUCAGGACAAGGAGGGGAUUCCGCCCGACCAGCAGCGCCUGAUUUUCGCCGGAAAGCAGCUGGAAGAUGGCAGGACGCUCGCCGAGUACAACAUUCAGAAGGAAUCGACGCUCCACAUGGUUCUGCGGCUCAGGGGAGGGACGGCGAUCAAAGUGAAGACGCUGACGGGGAAGGAGAUUGAAGUCGACGUGGACCUGAAUUACACGAUUGCAGGGGUUAAGGACAAGGUGGAGGAGGUGGAAGGAAUCCCGCCGAUCCAGCAGCGGCUGAUCUUCAAAGGGAAGCAGAUGGCGGACGACAAGACGGGGGAGGACUACCGAAUUGAAGCCGGCGACGUUCUUCAUCUCGUGCUUGCACUCAGGGGCGGCGCUGCCGCCGGCGGAAGUACUGCUGCUGGGUUGUAUUAGUUGUGGGCUUGGGCCUUGGUGCUGGAUCAGGCUUUUAUUUUCCUUUUUCUUAUUUGCAUACGUGAAUAUGGGUUUCUGUAUUAUAUUGGGUUUAAUGAUUAAUGAUUCUUAUUUUAAUUAGAUUGAGUGGAAUCGAUCUUCAAUUUUGAUAUUUUUUUCCAUUUUCAAUUACGGAGACAUUUGGAUUUAUUUAUAGAUAAAAUACAUCUUCAUAAAAUUUUUGAAUAAUAUAUAGAUAUAGUCAUUUCAUAUAUAACUUUAACAACAUCGUAAUAGAUGCUAACUAGGCUAAAGGUGUUUUUUGGUAACGUAGCGAGUUUCCUUCUUGACCUUGCCAGAUGAGAAUAUGUGUUAUUUUUCUUAUAACGAACUCAAAUAAAAAAAGAAAAAAAGAUAGUAAAUCAAUACAUUAUUCUUAA